CACCCAGAGAUGGAUCUGUACUACAACAUACUUUCGCCACCGUCGCGCGCCAUUUUACUCCUCGGAGAGGCGCUCAACAUCCGCAUGAAUCUGAUCAGUUUGGAUGUACACCGGAAAGAUUAUGUGAACGUGGAGUUUAAGAAAAUCAACCCACAGCACACGGUACCCACGCUGGUUGUCGACGGUGUGGCCAUAUGUGAACCAGGUGCGAUCUUGUGCUACCUGGCCGAACGCUUCGGUCCGCCCGGAAGUGUCCUGUACCCUAGUGAACCGCUACGUCGGGCCAUCGUCAACCAAUGGCUGCUGUUUGAGUGUGGCACCCUGUACAAGUGCAUCAUUGCUUACUAUAGUCCGGUCGUUUUGGAACGGGCCACACCGGUGGAUGCCGACCGGCAGAAGCUAGAGGAAGCGGUAGCCAUUCUGGAUGGAAGCUUGCGCCGGAACACCUUUGCCGCCGGCGAUCACCUGACGGUGGCCGACUACUCGCUCGUAUGCACCGUAUCCUUGUUGGUGCUGCUGAAGUUCGAUCUCACACCGUACGAGUCGGUACGGAGCUGGUACGAGCGGUGCAAGGGUGUGAUCACGGGCUACAGUGAAAUAACCCAGCGCGCCGUGACGAUGUUUCAAAACUGGAUGGAAUGUGAAAACAAGGGUAAACCUUAG